GUGGAAAUUGGCCGCAUGCGAACGCUGCGACGCGAGCUGCCAUCAUUCCUGAACGCACGCAUUGCUCUCACCGCGAAUAGCUGGCUGCGCUAGCUCAAACUCGAAACAGCGCCAUAUCCACUGCAUUGGCAGCAUAGGCAGCACAGCGCCGAAGCGAUGGCUGCCUCGCCCAAGGAUCGCCCGGUGGCCAAUCCCCUGCGAGCAGCAGGCAGCGAUGACUAUUCGACGCUGGAAAACGACGACAGCGCGGGCUCUGCGAAACGCCGCCGCCGGUCGCGCUGGAUGCUUGCGCUCGCUGUCAUCAGUCUGUGCGCGCUUGGCUCGGCCUUGGCUGUUGUUUUUAGAAAACAAGUGCUCGCGGCCUGCUACCGCAUAGGCCGGCUGCCGCCGGUGGCCGGCGGCCUGCUAUUCUCUGGACUACUAGCGCUCUGGCUCACGUGUUUGUUACCUACCUCUCUCCUGGAGAUCGCGGCUGGGUUUGUCUUCGGGUUUUUCUGGGCUACGGUAUGGUCGACGGUCGGCAAGGUCGCAGGAAGCGUCCUGAGUUACUGGAUAGGCCGGUGUGCACGAUCUUCUGUAAGACGCCUGAUCCUCCCGGACGACACGAGCAAGGAGCACGGCUAUUUGCGAGGCUUAGAAAUCGCGAUGACCGAGGAGCCGGGCCGGACGUGUUUGGCUCUCAGACUGGCGUAUGUGCCCGAAGCGAUUCAAAAUUACGUGCCGGCAAUUUUCGACGCCCCGUUCAUACCAUUUCUCUUGGCGACGACGGGCGGCAGCGCCGUCUACGCGGCGCUCUGGGCGAACCUCGGCGCUUCUAUUGGCGACGUCGCCGAGCUCAGUGCGACAGAAAGACGCAUGACGCCCGAAAAGACCGCGUUCCUGUGCUUCGGGGCGUUGGGGCUGGGCUGCGUGUUUGGAUUGAUCCACUGGAACACGCAGCGCACGUUGCGGCGCUUCGCCGACCUGCAGCGGCAGCUGAGUCCUCCGGCCUCGCCCUCCGCGAGUACAGCCGUCACGCCUGGGCGGCCGAGCCUGACGCCGCGCUAUUCGUCUACGGAGGGCUCCUCCUCGCCCGGGCGCCUCGUCUAGCCCCUCUGCUGAUCUCUUGUGUGCUUAACGUAUGUUAGAACUA